CGUGAAUCCAGGGCCCGUGCUUAAUCCAUUGCGCCACCUAGCCGCCCCUUACAUAGACUUUUAAGUAUUUUAUGUUAUACAUUUAAAACCCUGAUUUGGAGAAGAGUUAGAUUGCUGCCACAAAAAAAGAUUAAGAGCCCCUAGACUGGAACUCCAAACUUCCUCGGAGCGGUGACAUUCUGUGAUCGUAGAGGAAGGAAAAGAAAGCUAAGUCCAGCUGAGUUGGCCUACAGAGGGCGGGGGCGGGCCCGGGCCCGGGCAAGGUUUCGAUUUCUCUGGGAGAGACAUGGCUGGCUGGGGGUUGGACUCCUCGGCCUCCCGGGUCCCAGUCUGGCUGUGCGAGGACGACCUGAGCUGCGGAAUCUGCCAGACCCUCUUCUCCUGCCCCACCACGUUGCCUUGCGGACACAGCUUCUGCCACUACUGUAUCGAGCUCCACUGGACCCAAACGGGCCGGCCCCGGGGAGGUGCAGCCAGAAAUGGUGGUCCGGGAGCUCCGGGGGCCAAGGGCAGGGGCGGGCUUUGCCCCUUCUGCCGGGAGGAGGUCUGUAUGAGCCCCUGGCUGAAAAAAAACACGACCCUUCAGUACCUGGUGGACAAGUACACAGAAGCCCUGAAGGAAGAGUGCGAGCCCCGGGAUCCCUCCCCAAGUCACCUCCCCGCGCUACAGGAACCAACACUCACAAAGGGGAGAAUCCAUGAAGUCCGUCAGGAACUGGAGGGCCUGUUAGAACAGCUCAUUUCUGGAGUCAGCAGACUUCAGUGUUUGGGACCCCUUGAGGAGUCAAGGAUGUCAGAGGACUUGAUCACCCAGGAGAAGCUGAAGAAUCCCAACAUAUUUCAGAAAAACAUCAAUGAAAUCCUCAGUGAUAUCAAAGAAUUGAAGAAAAAAUUUCAGGAAAAGUUAAUAUGGGAAGAAGCUCCCAGCAAAAUAACAAAUGGGGAAUCCCUGGAGACUUCUCCUUGCUCUUCAAGCCGACAGCCUGCUCAGAUCCAGCCCGGGCCUAAGAAAUCCUGCCAGCUUGUAAUGUGUUCCAUCCUUCCAACCUUUGAUCAAAGAACUGCCUAUCAUUACCUGGAGCUGUCAAAGAACAAUAAAAAAGUGACUGUGUCACCGUAUCGACAAUUCUACUCGGAGAGUCGAGGGCGGUUCCAAAAUAGUCAGGUCUUGUGCUGUCAAGGCUUCUCCUCAGGACAGCAGUACUGGGAGGUGAACACUCGAUAUUGCAGUGGCUGGGCCACUGGGGUGGCUGCCAAGGACAUCAUCACCCACAGCCAGCGGCUGGGCAGGACUGCAGACUCUUGGUGCAUGGAAUGGAGUGAGGACUCUGCAGAGCUGUGCUCCUGGCACGAAGGAAGAAAAAGGGUGAUCAGCAAGGAGAGGCCCAUGAUGGUGGGCAUAUGGCUUGACCUAGAGGGGAAUCAGCUUUCAUUUUAUUCAGUGGAGAAUGAGGAGAAAUUCUUAUAUCGAUUUGAGCUUCCUGUCCCCAUGCCCGUUGUGUUCCCUGCUUUUUGGCUUUUUGGCCUACAGCCUGGGAACUCCCUGAUUAUAAAUGAGGUAAGACCCAAUUGAGAAAUGGUUAAAGGAUAUGAACAGGCAGUUUUCUGACGAUGAAAUCAAAGCUAUCUAUUGCCACAUGAAAAAAUGCUCUAAAUCAC